ACGACCCCAAUCGAACCCUGAACUCUCCACACGUGACUCUCCUGCUUCCGAGACCUCGUCUAGUCACUCGGCUCGGGCAGUUAUGAAAGAUCAUCGGGCUCACGAGCGCGCUCUGCUUCGUCCAGCACCAAUUAUGAAAGAAACAGACUGAUCUUUCGGGAGUAAUGAGAUGUCAUCGGGACUGGAUUUGGGACCUUGAUGUUAGGUGCACUAGGACAUAUUCACCACUGUGGACGCUGCUGGUGUCGAGCCCAUGUUGGCGCUCCGUGUCAUCCAUGGAGGGCUUGAUGGGGUCUGGCCUUCCUUUUUGUUAUUCCACUUUGUACUUACUGCGAGAGUGAACCGGGGUCUCUCCCCAACCAUGCAAUGAGAUGAGGUAAUUCCAGCCCCUGUUCUUGUGAUGUUGUCCAUAUGUUGGAUCUGUACUCUAAAAGCUGGGAAAGGUCAAGGCGUCGAUGGUCUGGCGUUGAGGUCACGAACGUCGUUUGUGGGGUCCCGAAUUGGACCGAUGUGCGCAUCACCAUGCAGAUGCCCACAUCUGUCCACAUCGGCCCGGCAAAUCAUCACGUAGGCACCGGACAAUCAGUACGACAGAUUCAAUUUCCAUUGCGCUUUUUGGCGAGUGUCCGUAAGAGGGGAUCUCUUUCUCCUGUGAUCGGAGUCUCGAUGUGGCCAAGUCCAGUGAUUCCAAGCUCGUUUGGUGCGGAUCUCGGAAGCGCAGCAUGCUUCGGAGUCUUGAGCGAAAGUCAUCCCAGUCUUUGGAUGGAAAGUCCUGUUGCAAUGAUUUCUCCUGAGGAGAAUAACUGACUUGCCUCUCUUUGGACAUGACUUUUGACCGCAAACUGGGGCCUUUGAGGAUGUGGCAAAGAUAUUGUCAGCACUGAAGCACCCAGAAACCUUCGGCUGGCUGAAAUUUCCGACUGCACGGUGUGUCCGCAGACCGCCAGAACCUGCAUUAGGGGUUAGGGCGAGGAGGAGUGUAUCAAUAGCAAAUUGCAGACUUAAGUCGUUGAAUAUUCGAACCGACAUUGGUUCGAGCACUAGCCCCGACGUCACAUGUCUGAUUCAUACUUCGGGUGUGGUGAAACUGUCAGGGACAUCUUGUGCCGAGAGUCUGAGCUCGCCGGAGUUACUCGACUGCGUGCCAUGACACUCACACCAAAAGGAACCCUCACGGAAGAAAGACUCACGGACGUUGCCCGAGCGGACAGUAUCCGGGACUAUUAUACCUGCCUGUACAUUUGGAGGUUCCACUUCCUCUCCGUAACAGAGAAUCUCCCAGCACGCAUCGGGUAUUCUUGCAG